UUUGUGCGUCUUUGUGCGCCUUGGUUUCUCCGUUUGUUUUACGGUUAGAGGCGGUAAACACACCUGAGACUUUGCAUUUACAUGUUCAUGCUUGUUUCUCAUUUGUGGGAUUGUGUGGGGUGGUAUGGAUUGUUAAUGUUCUCAACGGGGAGGAAGGCUCGAGUUAGGUUUCCCGAAGCGUUCCACGACUUGGAAAGACUGCCUCGCGUGGCGGAGCCUUGCUUGGGUUGGGGGAGCUAGUUGAGAGUCCAAGCUCUAACGGGUGAUAUUGUUUUUGCCGUUGUCAGACAUGUCUCAGAGACCCAGUACGUCGGGGAACUCCGUGCCGAGGAGGGGCGGAGGACAAGUUCAGCGCCAACCCGAGCAGGGAAGGGUGGAGCAAGUCCAGCCACCAGACACGCAGGGACAACAGGACGCGCCGCAGGGGCAACAGGCCACGGUGCCGCAGGGACAACAGGCCGUGCCGCAGGGACAACGGGCCGUGCCGCAGGGACAACAGGCCGUGCCGCAGGGACAACAGGCCGUGCCGCAGGGACAACAGGUCGUGCCGCAGGGACAACAGGCCGUGCCGCAGGGGCAACAGGCCGUGCCGCAGGGACAACAGGCCGUGCCGCAGGGAAAACAGGCCGUGCCGCAGGGACAACAAGCAGCGCCGCAGGGACAACAAGCAGCGCCGCAGGGACAACAAGCCGCUCGGCAGGAGCAAGCUACAGCGGCGCAGGCUCCAGCGGACCCGCAGCCGGGACCGGCGGCAGGGCAGCCCCAGGCGGCACAGUCGGUUAUGGCAACGCUCCUGCAGGAAGUCCAGGAACUCAAAAAGCAGAUCGGCGCCAUGAAGCAGGGGCGCACCACGGAUGACAUCAGGGAGGAACUGGUGCAGUUUGCGGGGCGUCCAGAAGCGGCUUUCGACCCACACAGAGCCCUGGCCCUUGUGGAAGCGCUGGUGGCCCAGGCACGUAGGGAGGGCCACGUUAAGGCACAAGAGUAUUCAGUCAUACUAGACCAGAUCAAACCGCUGGUUGAUGAGGAUUUUUUCAAGCAGCUCAUAGUAAAUCAGUUUGGGAGCGGCUUGGUCAAACAGGUUGUCAAGGACAUAGCUCAGUUCGUCAAAUUCCAGGGCAAAAUGCCCAGGGGGGGCGCUAGCAAGAGUAAGGCCUCAAGAGCCAACAUGUAUGGGAGUUUCAAGGGCAAAGAUGGCAGGGGUGGUCGAGGACCCAAACCGGGUGAUAAAUGUUUUAAGUGUCACAAGCUAGGCCACUUUGUGAGAGACUGCCCGGAAAACAAACCCAGCACUUCAAGUUAAAUUGGUCAAGAUUUAUACAUGUAUAUGGAAACGAUUUGUAUAACGACAAAGGAACGUCAAUCGACUUGAGUACGAAUGUUUGCGUUGCAAAAAAAAAAAAGAAUAUGUAUGCGAGCCGAUGAGGCUCGCCGGCCUGUGUGUUGGUGUGAAUAAAGU